GAAAGGAUAAGGGUACCCCGAGGUUUUUUCCUCUAGUGGUUCUUCUAUAUAAACCAGCUUCAACAAGCCUAAGUUUCUCAUCAAAGCAAAUAGAAAUGGAGAAGAAGGUGUUUGUUGUUUUUACUCUAUCGUGUGCUCUACUUCUGGGUUUAGCCCAGAGUUUCGAUUUCCAUGAAAAGGAUCUGGAGACGGAAGACAGUCUCUGGAGCCUGUACGAGAGGUGGAGGAGUCAUCACACAGUUUCUAGAGACCUUUCAGAGAAGCAAAAACGCUUCAAUGUCUUCAAAGAAAAUGUCAAGUACAUUCAUGAAUUCAACAAGUUGGACCAUCCUUACAAGUUGAAGCUCAACAAGUUCGGAGACAUGACCAACCACGAGUUCAGCAGCACCUACGCAGGCUCCAAAGUGAGUCACCACAGCAUGCUCCGAGGGCGUUCUCGUGCGGCUACUGGCUUCAUGUAUGAAAAUUUCGAAAACGUCCCUGCUUCAAUCGAUUGGAGGGCUAAAGGUGCCGUCAACCCUGUGAAGAACCAAGGCCAAUGUGGAAGUUGCUGGGCAUUUUCAACUGUUGUUGGUGUUGAGGGCAUAAACCAAAUCAAGACCAACAAGCUCAUCUCCCUAUCUGAGCAGGAGCUGGUCGACUGCAGUACCGAGAAUUCAGGCUGUAAUGGAGGACUCAUGGAUUACGCAUAUGAGUUUAUUAAAUCGAAUGGAGGGCUCACAACAGAGGACAGCUAUGGCUACACAGCCCAAGAUGGUAGUUGUGAUCCAUCAAAGCAAAAUGCUCCAAUGGUGACAAUUGAUGGACAUCAAGACGUUCCUGCCAACAACGAGGCUGCCCUGAUGCAAGCUGUGGCAAACCAACCUGUCUCUGUUGCCAUUGAAGCCAGUGGUUAUGCCUUCCAGUUCUACUCAGAGGGAGUAUUCGCUGGACCUUGCGGCACACAGUUAGAUCAUGGAGUUGCAAUUGUGGGAUACGGAAACGCUGCUGAUGGAACCAAGUACUGGAUUGUGAGGAACUCAUGGGGAGCAGACUGGGGAGAGCAAGGUUACAUUAGAAUGCAGCGUGGCAUCAAAGCCAGUCAUGGCCUCUGUGGUAUAGCAAUGCAGGCCUCUUACCCCAUCAAAACAUCUCCUAAUCGCGAGGUGGUCAAGGAUGAACUCUGAGGAAGAGUGACGACAUUUCUU